UUCAGUUUAUCAAUUUCUUGAAAUGAUUUUAAAUGUGUUUGUCAGGUAGUUGAUUUCUGUUGUGGUGCAAAUGAAUUCAGUAUUCUGAUGAAAGAAAAGCUUGAUUCUACUGGAAAGAAAUGCUUAUUUAAGAACUAUGACAUUCUUCAGGCAAAGAAUGAUUUCAAUUUUGAGAUGAGAGAUUGGAUGACAGUCCGGCCUAAUGAAUUACCAACAGGGUCAAAAUUGAUUAUGGGCCUUAAUCCUCCAUUUGGAUUAAAUGCUCGUCUAGCCAAUCAAUUCAUAGACAAAGCUCUUACUUUCAAGCCAAAGCUUCUUAUUCUUAUUGUUCCAGAGGAAACUCGGAGGUUAGAUACGAAGAGUCCACAAUAUGACUUGAUCUGGGAGGAUCGUGUGACCCUCUCAGGGAAGUCAUUUUAUUUGCCUGGUUCUAUCGAUGUGAAUGACAAGCAAAUUGAGCAGUGGAAUAACAAACCUCCAGUUCUCUACUUAUGGAGUCGCCCUGAUUGGACAUCAAAGCACGAGGGCAUUGCUUCAAGUCAAGGUCACACGUCUAAGAUGCUACCUUCUUUCCUUGUUCACAAAGACUCUCUACCAAAUAGUGGAGAAGAAGCUCCUACAGCUAAUAAGAAUACUGAAGAAAAGCACAUAGAGAAAGAUGCUAAUCAAGUGGAUAGAGAAAGCACGUCACUAAAGCAGAAGGGCAUAGCCAUGCACCAUGAUCCUGCAUCAUCCGAACCAGUGGUUGAGGCACAAAUUCAAGUUGACAGGAAAGAAGUUCCAAAACGGCAAGAAACAAGUAGAGAAGUUGACAACAAAAAGAAACACAUCCCAGAAAGAUCUGAAAAGAAGGAAACUGCUUCAGUUCAGAAAGAAUCAGGGAGAGAUGUUCCAAAUAAGCCGCAGCGUGUAGAAGAAAAGUCUGAGAAGAAGAUUGCUGUUUCAGGGGAAAAAGCAGGCAGGCCAGAUACAAGCAAAAAGGUUUCUGAGCAAAGCAAGAAGCGGAAAUCUUCAGAAUUGCGUAAGGAUGAUACUUCUAAGAUGAAAAAGUUGAAGGAGCAACAGCAUCCGCAGCAAGUGGAAGGAGAAAAACUGUCGGAAGAACUUUCUAUGAGCAUUUCCCCAGCAGACAGAAGAGAUCCUGCAGACAUUUCUACGCUGAAGUUAGGAGCUUUCGAUGUGCCUUUUGACAGGGAAAAUAGUCAUGGUGGAUAUACUGGCUCAGGUAUUGAGAUGAAAACUUUUUCAAGGCCAUCUGGUAUACUAAAUGAGGAUCCAGAUAUCAUUCCUAGGAGGUAUAAUUCUGUAGAAAGGGAUAGCUUCUACACUAAGAACCCCCAUGCUCGAUCUGCAACUGAGGUUUACUCGAUUCCAAAUCCAGAUGAAAGAUUUAGAAGUUAUAACAGUAUAGACACUUUCAGCUCGAGUCCUUUUGUCAGAAAUGGAUAUGGAAGACCUUCUUAUGGUUUGCCAGGUGAUGAAGUUGGGCCCCAGUUUAGAAAUUAUAGUAAGCAUAGUGAAGAAGUCACAAAUGGUUUUGGAAGGCCUGUUGAAUCAGAUACAAGGACACAGAUUAGAUCCUAUGGUAUUCCUGAUGAGGAAGAUCUUCUAACAGGGAACAGGUUCGCCUUGGGAGGUUCAGGAUCUUCAUCAUUAGGGCAGCCUGGUUUGUACCCUUCGUCUUCUUACAGGUUCUCGAGUCCUGUUCCAGAGGCAUCAUCCACAAUCCAGCGAUAUGCGCCUCGGCUUGAUGAGAUGAACCAUUUGAGGGCUCAACCUAUGAGCCCUGGCAUUCCAUUCUCUUCAAGGCUUAACAUUCCACCUGAUUCUUUUGGUUACACGCCAGGAGCUUCAUAUUCAAAUCAUGGCUCCUUUGGUGGCUGGAUUGAUGAUUAGUCUAUGGCGGUAUUUUGAUCCAAAGAGGUUAGUUUUUGUGUUACCCAGCUUGAUGAACUUGCAUCAGGUGUUUGGGUUUUGCAAAUGGAGGAGAUGACUUUUUUUUUUUUUGAAUAGUUGGAUUUACAUUACUAAUAUUUCUCAAGAAAAAACUAUUGUAUAGUAAAUGUUCAUGAAUAUUUCCUAAUUCCUAUUGUAUUUUUUGAAGAAAAAUUA